AUGGAGACCGCAGAAAAAACCCCGUUGCAGCAUCCACGAGUGUUUCUCAGCUUUCGAGGAGCCGAGAUGCGCCAGAGCUUUGUCUCUCACCUCGAGAUGGCCUUGCAAAGGGACGGAGUCAACCUUUAUGUAGACCAAGAGUUGAUGCGUGGAGAAUCUAUGAAAUCUCUUUUCAUGGGGAUCGAAGAGUCGAUGAUCGCGCUUGUAAUCUUCUCUAAAAGGUACACUGAAUCGUUCUGGUGCUUAGAGGAGCUGGUUAAGAUCAAAGAACGAGCUGAGGAAGGUAAACUCAUCGUCAUUCCCAUUUACUACAAGCUGAAUCCAUCCGACGUGAGAGAGCUUGAUGGAGAUUUCGGUAUUAACUUGUGGAAUCACGUGAAGCGUACUUCUGAGUUUGACAAGCUCAGUAAAUGGAAGGAGGCUUUGCAUUUCGUUUCGGACAGGAAUGGGUUGACGUUUACUCAGGACAGGGAUGAGAGCGCGUUUAUUGUUGACAUCGUCAAGUUUGUCAAGAUAGUAAUUUACCAUCUUUUAUGGGAUGUAAAGUCUGAUGUAUAUCCAAAGGAAGCUGAUAGUGUCCAAACUGAAGUCAAAUUCCAAGGAAUUUUGAGAAAGGAUGAUGGUUUGAAUUUGAUAAAGGAUGACGAAUUCCUUGGUGAAGCAAACUCUGACGCAACAUCUAAGUUACAGGACAGCGCUGAGAUCAAUAAAGUUGAUCCUUUCAGUGAAGAAAAGCAAGGAAAUGUAAGCGAAAGCUCUACCAUGGCGACCUACCCACCACAGCAUCAAGUAUUCAUAAAUUUUAGGGGAGCCGAGCUGCGCCAUGGCUUUGUCAGCCACCUCACGGGGGCUUUAAAAAGGAACGGAGUCAACGUCUAUGUAGAGGCUAAUGAGUUGAAGGGUAGCGAUCUUAGUAGCCUUUUCAAUAGGAUCGAGGAGUCCAACAUCGCACUUGUAGUCUUCUCUAGCAGGUACACAGAGUCGCGAUGGUGCUUAGACGAGCUGUUGAAGAUCAAAGAGCUUAGGGACGAAGGCAAACUCCUAGUCAUUCCAAUCUUCUACAAGGUGGAGCAAUCGCAUGUUACUAAUCUUAAGGGAGAAUUCGGUGACAAUUUUUGGACUUUGUGGCGUAUUAAUCGGGAUAACCAUAUCAUUAAAUGGAAGGAAGCUUUGAAGUCUGUUGCGUCCAAUAUGGGCAUCUACUUGGAGGACGGUUCUGAGAGCAAGGGCAUCUCUUUCAUCGUCAACGAAGUCAAGAAAGUCCUAGAGAUUUUUUCGCAGCGGGAAGGAGAAAACCCAUCUCUCUUUCCUUCUACUGAGAAAGGCAAAAGUACUGAAUUGCCUACAAGAAAAGGAGAAAAGCAUGAAACUUAUCUUAACAAGUCUCACCUCUUUGGAAUGGAGCAACGCAUGGAACAAUUGGAGAAGAAGUUAGAGUUUGAUUGUAACGAUACACGAAUUAUUGGAGUUGUUGGGAUACCUGGUAUUGGUAAAACAACUCUCGCAAUGAUGCUGCAUGAAAAGUGGAACCGCAAGUUUACACGUUGUGUUCCUCUUCUGGGUAUCCAUGAGAACUCAAAGGAAAAUGGGCUGGUGUGGCUACAAAAGACACUCCUGGAACUUUUACUCGAGGUGAAGUUUCCAGUGAUAAGUGACAAGAUAACACAUCAGUCUGUGAAAGUUGACCUACUUAAGACCAAGUUUUUUGCUGUUCUGACUGAUGUGAGUGACAAGAAACAGUUACAGUUUCUCCUCGGUGACCUUGACUGGAUUAAGAAGGGAAGCAAGAUUAUAAUUACAACGUGUGACAGGUCAUUGCUUGAUGGAUUUGCUCGUGAUACUUAUGUGGUCCCGAAAUUGAAUGGUAGAGAGGCUUUUCAACUCUUUAGUUCUCAUGCAUUCAGUGGUCAAAUCUGUAGUCCCACCAGUACCUUCCUGACGCUCUCUAGAAAGUUUGUGGAUUAUGCUCAAGGACACCCACUGGCUCUCAAAUUACUAGGUACGGAACUUUAUGGGAGAGACGAGGCUUACUGGAAAUGUAAAUUGGAAAUGGUGACAAAAACGUCCAACAAGACACUCCAAGAAGUCUGGAGAUUCUCUACUGAACUUAAUGAGAAGCAGAAAGAUGUAUUUGUCGACAUAGAGUGCUUCUUUAAAUCAGAGGAUGAGUACUUUGUUAGGAGUUUACUGGAUUCAGGAGAUCCUGACUCUAUAGAUGCUGUGAGUGAAGUAAAAGAUCUCGCCAACAAAUUCUUGAUUACAAUUACUGACGGCCGAGUAGAAAUGAACGUUCCACUGUGUACGUUCUCUAAGAACCUUGGUUCUCGUCAGUGGCUUAGGCUAUGCAACUACGAAGAUAUCAUCCACAAGCUAAAGAAAAUGCAAAAAUCAGGUGCUAAUAAGGUAAGAGGUAUUUUCUUAGACACGUCAAAGUUAACAGAGAGCAUGUGCUUGGACAAUUCAACCUUCAUUAAUAUGCACAAUCUUCGAUAUCUGAAAAUAUAUGAUUCUUGUUGUCCUCGGCAAUGUAAAGCUGACUGCAACUUAUACUUUCCGGAUGGGAUUGAGUUGCCCUUGGAAGAGAUCCGAUAUCUUCAUUGGGUGGAAUUCCCGUUGGAGGAGCUUCCAUUAGACUUCAAACCGGAGAAUCUUGUUGACCUUAGGCUGCCUUACAGCAAGAUUGAACGUGUAUGGGAAGGUGUUAAGGAUACACCACGAUUGAAGUGGGUAGAUCUAAGCUACUCAGCAGAGUUGAUCGACCUAUCAGCUUUGUCGCAAGCUAAAUCUCUUAAAAGAUUAAAUCUUGAAGGUUGCACUAACCUUGAAGAUUUGCCAAAAGAGAUGGAAAAUAUGAAGAGUCUUGCUUUCUUGAACCUCAGAGGAUGCACAAGUCUCUUGUAUUUUCCAGAGAAUAUGAAUCUAAUCUCUCUGAAGACUCUCAUCCUCAGUGACUGCUCAAAUUUUGAAGACUUUCAUGUGAUUUCAGAAAGUAUAGAAUUUCUACAUUUGGAUGGCACAUCAAUCAAAGGACUGCCUCUGUCUAUACAGAACCUCAGGAGGCUUGUCGUGUUGAAUUUGAGAAACUGCAAAAUGUUCGAGUGUCUUCCCAAUUGUCUGGGCAAUCUGAAAGCUCUUGACAAGCUAAUACUCUCUGGUUGUUCAAAGCUUAAGAAUUUUCUGGAUGUCAGGAAUAGCUUAGAACAUCUCCAGAUUUUACUUCUUGAUGGGAUAGGAGCAAAAGAGAUGCCAAGCAUAUCAUGCUUCACUGGAUCCGAAGGCCCAGCUUCCGUAGAUAAGUUCACACAACCUCUAGGAUCACAUUGUAGCGUGAGAGAAUGGCCAUGUGGUGUUAAUGGAGUAUUCUCAUUGCGACGUCUAUGUUUGAGUGGGAAUACUUUUGUCAGCCUGCAACCUGACAUUGAGAAUCUUUAUAAUCUGAAAUGGCUCGAAGUGAAGCAGUGCAAGAAGCUGAGAUCUAUUCCAACGCUACCACCAAGACUUCAGUACUUUGAUGCAGAUGGCUGUGAUUCACUGGAAAGAGUUGCAAAUCCUUUGGCCUUUCGGGUGUCGUCUGAUCAGAACCAUGCCACAUUCAAUUUUUCAAACUGCAACAUGUUGGAUCAAGACGCAAAGGAUAAUAUCAUAUCCUAUACUCGGUGGAGAAGCCAAUUAGUGCUAGAUGAACUCGCACGAUACAAUGGGGGUUUAGUUUUGGAAGCUUUGAUUGGAACUUGCUUUCCUGGAUGGGAAGUACCGGCGUGGUUCAGUUAUCGAGCUUCUGGAUCGGUGUUAAAGCCCAAGCUGCCUCCGCACUGGUAUGACAAGAAGUUUACUGGGAUUGCUCUAUGCGCUGUUAUCGUAUUUGAUGGCUACCACAACCAGAGGAAACGUGUCUUAGUGAAAGGUAAUUGUGAGUUCAAGAAUGAAGACGGGUUUAGAAUCCGCUGUAGCUGCACUGUUGGAGGUUGGAGCGAACCACGUAACAUACCACGAAAGAUUGAGUCGUCUCAUGUCUUUAUUGGCUUCCCGAGUAGGUUGGAUGUCAACAAAAUUAGUGAAGACGACGACGACGGAGAGAAAUGUGUUUGUACUGAAACCUCUAUUGAGUUUCAAGUGACAGAUGGUACGGAAGAGAUAAAAAACUGCGAGGUGGUGAAGUGUGGCUUUAGUUUGGUAUAUGCACUUGAAGAAAGAGGGAAUAUAUAUUGA